AUGGCAGACACCGCCAUACUCCCCGUCUCCUCUGCGCCCUCCCGCUCCUCCUUCGAAACGGCAACCGACCCAGAGAAGCAGCGCGAGGCCGCCCGCAGCAGCAACCCGAAUGGCUUCGUCCAGCCCACCAGCGGCGUGUCCGUCGCCGGCGCUGAAGCCGAGUUCGCCUCCCUCCAGAAGGAGCUGACGAACAUCUCCCGCGUGGCCACGCGCAAAUCCGAGGCUGGCGCCAAGGGCGAAAAGGACGUCGAGAAGGUCAGCUCGGCGAGCACGGUUAGCGAGCCCUUCGAUCUCGAGGGCACGCUCAGGGGAAACAGAGAGGCAGACGAGGUUGCGGGGAUCCGCGCCAAGAAGAUUGGAGUGCUCUGGGAUGGUCUGACCGUGAGGGGCCAUGGUGGGGUUGCGAAUUUCGUCAAGACGUUCCCGGAUGCGUUUACGGACUUCUUUAAUGUCUGGGCUACGGGGAAGCAGAUUCUUGGUCUCGGGAAGAAGGGGCGUGAGGUCGAUAUCCUGAAGGGGUUUAGGGGGCUGGUGAAGCCGGGAGAGAUGGUGCUCGUGCUUGGGAGACCGGGCAGCGGAUGUACCACUUUCUUGAAGGUUAUUGCGAAUCAGCGCUUUGGAUAUACGGGCGUCGAAGGGGAUGUGUUUUACGGAUCCUUUGAUGCGCAGACGUUUGCGAAACAGUACCGUGGAGAGGCCGUGUACAACCAGGAGGACGAUGUGCACCACCCCACCCUGACCGUGGCCCAGACGCUGGCCUUCGCGCUGGACACGAAGAUCCCCGGCAAGCGACCUGAAGGGAUGUCCAAGGGGCACUUCAAGGAGCGCGUCAUCCAGACGCUGCUGAAGAUGUUUAACAUCGAGCACACGGCAAACACGGUUGUCGGAUCGGCCUUCGUCCGUGGUAUCUCGGGCGGAGAGCGCAAGCGUGUCUCCAUCGCUGAGAUGAUGGUGACGGGUGCGACGGUUUGCGCGUGGGAUAACUCGACGCGCGGACUCGAUGCGUCAACUGCCCUAGACUAUGCUAAGUCUCUGCGCAUCAUGACCAACAUUUACCAGGCUACUACUUUCGUUUCGCUCUACCAGGCCAGUGAGAACAUCUACAAGCAGUUUGACAAGGUCCUUGUUAUCGACAGCGGUAGACAGGCGUUCUUCGGCCCGGCGGACCAGGCGCGUGGAUACUUCGAGUCGCUCGGCUUCAAGGAGAAGCCGCGUCAGACGACCCCCGAUUUCCUCACUGGCUGCACCGACGAGUUCGAGCGCGAAUACGUCGAUGGUUGCGAGCCACACACACCAGAAACUCUCGCUCAAGCCUUCACCGAUUCCAGCUUCUCAGAGUCCCUCACCACCUCCAUGGACGCCUACAAGGCCUCCCUCGAGCCUAACCGUCAGAGCCACGAGGACUUCCGCGUCGCUGUCACCGAGAGCAAGCGCGGUCGCGGCACUGCUCACUCCGUCUACUCCGUCCCCUUCUACAUGCAGGUCUGGGCUCUCAUGCGCCGCCAGUUCCUCAUCAAGUGGCAAGACAAGUUCCAACUGUGUGUGUCCUGGGGCACCUCCAUUAUCAUCGCCAUCGUCGUCGGUACCACCUGGCUCAACAUCCCGCAGACAAGCGCCGGCGCCUUCACGAGGGGAGGAGUGCUGUUUAUUAGUUUCUUAUUCAAUUGCUUUCAAGCUUUCGGCGAACUGGCGAGCACUAUGCUCGGCAGGCCGAUUGUCAAUAAACAUCGAGCGUAUACAUUUCAUCGGCCCAGUGCUCUAUGGGUAGCCCAGAUCGCGGUCGAUUUGUCGUUUGCGGCAAUGCAGAUCUUCUUGUUCUCGCUGAUAGUUUACUUCCUGUGUAACUUGGCGCGGGAUGCUGGCGCAUUCUUCACGUUUUAUAUUGUUAUUGUGCUAGGGUACUUGACGAUGACGUUGUUUUUCAGAGUCAUUGGAUGCUGCUGCCCUGAUUUCGAUUAUGCUAUCAAAUUCGCCGUCAUCACGAUCACGUUCUUCGUCCUUACCACUGGGUAUUUGAUUCAGUACGAGUCCCAGAAGGUCUGGCUGCGUUGGAUUUUCUGGAUUAACCCGUUCGGUCUCGGCUUCUCAUCUCUCAUGGCCAACGAAUUUAGUCGCAUAGACUUGACCUGCACAGGCCAGUCCUUGAUCCCCAACGGACCGGGUUAUGGAAAUAUCAGCCACCAAGUCUGCACGCUCGCUGGCAGUAUCCCGGGGAACCCUAUCGUCUCUGGCAAGGACUACAUUCAAACAUCGUUUGCAUAUAACCCGAGCGACCUUUGGAGAAACUUCGGCAUACUCGUUGUUCUGAGCGCCUUCUUCUUAACUGUUAACAUCCUCACGGGCGAGUUGCUGAACUUCGGCGCUGGCGGAAACGCGGCAAAGACCUUCGCACACCCAACGAAAGAGACCGACGAGCUGAACGCGAGUCUCAUCGCCACCCGCGAGGCGCGACGCACUGGCAAGGGCGAGGCAGCGAGUUCGGACCUCAAGAUCGAAUCCAAGGCCGUCCUGACCUGGGAGGGGCUUAACUAUGACGUGCCGACUCCUUCUGGACAACUGCGCCUCCUGAACAACAUUUACGGUUACGUCAAGCCUGGAGAGUUGACUGCUCUGAUGGGUGCAUCGGGUGCAGGCAAGACGACGCUUCUCGAUGUGCUCGCUUCGCGCAAGAACAUUGGUGUCAUCUCCGGUGACGUCCUGGUCGAUGGUCUGAAACCUGGCACUGCAUUCCAGCGCGGUACUUCUUAUGCGGAGCAAUUGGAUGUGCAUGAGCCGACACAGACUGUUCGUGAGGCCCUGCGCUUCUCGGCUGAUCUCCGCCAGCCUAUCGAUGUCCCGCGGUCCGAGAAGUAUGCUUAUGUCGAGGAGAUCCUGUCUCUGCUUGAGAUGGAGGAUAUGGCCGAUGCUAUUAUUGGACACCCCGAGAGCGGGCUCGCUGUUGAGCAGCGCAAGCGCGUUACAAUUGGUGUUGAACUUGCUGCCAAGCCAGAACUGCUACUCUUCCUCGACGAGCCGACAUCUGGCCUCGAUUCUCAAUCUGCUUUCAAUAUUGUGCGUUUCCUGAAGAAGCUCGCGGCUGCGGGCCAGGCUAUCCUCUGUACCAUCCAUCAGCCAAACGCUGCUCUCUUCGAAAACUUUGAUCGUCUUCUUCUGCUUCAACGUGGUGGACGUUGCGUCUAUUUCGGCGACAUUGGCUCGGAGGCCACGACUCUUCUUGAUUACUUCCACCGUCAUGGCGCCGAUUUCCCUGCCGACGCCAAUCCCGCAGAGACCAUGCUCGACGCCAUCGGCGCUGGCCAGGCCGCGCGUGUCGGCGAUCAUGACUGGGCUGACAUCUGGGCCGAGAGCCCUGAACUCGCCACCGUCAAGGCACAGAUUACAAGCAUGAAAGCGACGCGGAUGGCUGAGGUUGGCGCUUCGACCGAAACCACCGAUUCGCGCGAGUUCGCGACGCCUCUGAUGCACCAGCUGCGGAUCGUCCAGGCCCGUACGAACCUCUCGUUUUGGCGGUCGCCGAACUACGGCUUCACGCGCCUUUUCAACCACGUCGUCAUUGGCCUUGUGACGGGGCUGACCUACCUCAACCUCAACUCGUCGCGCGCGUCGCUCCAGUAUCGUGUCUUCGUCAUGUUCCAGGUCACCGUGCUUCCCGCCAUCGUGCUCUCGCAGGUCGAGCCCAAGUAUGCCAUCUCGCGCACCAUCUUCUACCGCGAGUCUAGCUCGAAGAUGUACUCGCAGUUCGCCUUUGCCACCUCUCUCAUCGUGGCCGAGAUGCCUUACUCCAUCCUCUGCGCAGUCGCCUUCUUCCUCCCGCUUUACUAUAUGCCGGGCUUCUCAUCGGAACCUACGCGCGCGGGAUAUCAAUUCCUCAUCACCCUCAUCACGGAGCUCUUUUCCGUUACCCUCGGUCAGAUGAUCGCAGCUCUCACCCCAUCCCCCUACAUCGCCGUCCUCCUCAACCCCUUCGUCAUCAUCACCUUCGCCCUCUUCUGCGGUGUCACUCUCCCUCCUCCUGCCAUGCCCGCUUUCUGGCGCGCCUGGCUCUACGAACUCGACCCCUUCACCCGCCUCAUCGGCGGCAUGGCCGCCACCGAGCUCACUGGCCGCGAGGUCGUCUGCGCCGCUCGGGAACUAAACCGCUUCGUCGCCCCCAUUGGGCAGACGUGCGGCGAGUACAUGGCUGAUUUCUUCAAGGCGGGCGGCAUGGGUUACCUCGUCGACGAGUCGGGGAGCAACUGCGAGUUCUGCGCGUUUAAGAAUGGGGAGCAGUUCCUGCAGGGGAUGGAGAUGCAUUGGUCGAAUCGCUGGAGGGAUUUGGGCAUUUUUGCGGCGUUUAUCGUUAGUAAUAUUGCGAUUUUGCUGGUUGCUUCGAGAUAUCUGAAUUUUAAUAGACGGUAAGUGGACUGAGAUUUGAGGCGAGAGGCGCCUAUUAUACAAAGUAAUACAGUACAACAUGGUACGGGACCGACCGGAGGAGACAAAGGCGGUACAGUAAGUAAGAGGAUAUAUUUAAAAUGGUGGGAUGGGAUAGGAUGGGGUUCAUAACAUAUAUGGCCAUAUUAAAAGAAAGACUUCCUGGUUGGGAAGCGGAGACUGAGACAGUUGGAUAAUUUUAUUUUAGAUUUUGGGGGGUUAUAUGGUGGUGGUAUGGUUCAUUAAGACAAUAUAUAUAGAUAUUUGGAUUUAAAAAGAGAAAUAUAACAAAAAUAACG